AUGCUCCUCGCCUCCUACGCCGCCUGCGCCCUCCUCCAGGCCGCCUGCCUGGCGCUGGAGCUGGCCGCCUGCCGCUCCCGCCCCCCCUGCCGCCCCUCACCAGCCAACCCGGCCUUCCGCCGCUUCCAGCGUGGCUACUACUGCGUCUACCUGCCGGCACUGGCCGCCGACUGGCUGCAGGGACCCUACCUCUACAAACUCUACCAGCACUACCGCUUCCUGGAGGGACAGAUCACCAUCCUCUACAUCUGCGGUUUUGCCUCCAGCGUCCUUUUCCGGUUGGUUUCCUCUUCUUUAGUAGCUCGAUUGGGUCGGAAAAAAUCCUGCGUCCUCUUUUCCUUGACCUACUUGAUUUGUUGUUUGGCCAAACUCUCCCGGGAUUAUCUGGUGCUGGCGGCAGGGAGGGUUUUAGGGGGCUUGUCCACGGCAUUGCUCUUCUCUGCCUUUGAGGCGUAGUACGUCCAGGAGCACGUGGAGCGGUACGAUUUUCCGACCGAGUGGAUCACCAUCACCUUUUCCCGAGUGGCAUUUUGGAACAACGUCAUCGCCGUGGGGGCUGGGGGGGUGGCCAAUUUCUUCGCCAAGUGGUUGGGGUUGGGCCCGGUGGCCCCGUUCAUGGUCUCCACCCCCCUCCUGGUGCUGUCGGGGGUCUUGGCCGUGAAAAAUUGGGAUGAAAACUACGGGAAGAAACGAGCUUUCUCCAAAACCUGCGGCGACGGUUUGAAGUGCGGGCUGCGUCAGGAAAUCAAGAAACUUGAGGAGGCACAGGCGCAGGAAGAGGCCUGCCAGCAGCAGAGGAAGAAGGAGGCAGAGGCGCUGGGGACUGUGCUGCCGGAGGCAUCGGAAGCACAGCUGGCGGAGGCCAGGGGCACCGCGCAACUCUAG